CAUGCUCAACCGCAAUGCUAGCGCGUUUUUACGGAUAACGGGAGCCGACCGCCGCCACAUUCAUCUUUCAUAUUUUACGCUUAACAGCCAGUAUGUUAGAGCGUCUACCGCCGUCAGUCUUAAAGAGGAUAAUUGCCAUGCUCGAUCAGCAGGAGAUAAGGGCACUUUCGGCUGUUUCUCGAGGAUUAUAUGAUAUAACAGCGCCCGUCUUGUUCGAAUGCUUGCAUAUCCCAAUAGCACCAGAAAAUGCUCUCUUACUUAUUAAGAACUUUUUCCAGUGUCAUUCUCGAUUGGGCCGGGCACGCUCCCUGAGCUUGGUAAGGGAUCUUCGAUUUAUAGUUGAUGUACCUGAAAGGAUUGGUCACAGAAUCGCAAGCACUCCAAUCCGAACAGAUGGGUGCUUUCCCAAGAGCUUUGGCCUCGCAGCCAGACUCAUUUUAGAACAACUAGCGCCUAGAAAGUUAACUGCCUUCAUGUGGGAGUUCCCUUGGCUUCCAGGGGAAAUAUUGGGGUACAGCGGAUACCUUCCAGAGCUGCAACCACAACUCACCUCGAUUACGCUCUCCACUAUCUCCCCCAAUCAAAGAGAGUUCAAAUCCCUUGGUCUUCCAUGUGAGCAAAAUGUUGACGGGCUUCUAAGGUUACGUUAUCUGAAGUCUCUGUCCUGGGAUGGAAUCCAUAGCGAAAGACAGAUCAGGAUACUUCGAAGAUGCCUGCGGCAAAAUUCAGAGCUUGAAGCCUUACACUUGAGUUUUUCCAAGGAAGUACGGGUUGAUAUUCUGCAAAUAAUUCCCGCAAUGGAUACGAAGCUGUUCCAAAGCCUGUGUGUAUUAUCACUCAAGAAUGUGUUCUUCUCUUGGUCAAUCUCUAUUCCUCCGCUGCUUGCCUUGCCUUGCCUGGACACACUAGCUCUGCUAGAUUGCGUGGGCACCUCUUCCCUUUCCGGUUACCUAUUGAAAUGAUUGAUAUGUGCUAGUAGGUGUGGUACAUAAUUUACAUGCGAGCUUUAAUGGGUGCAAAAGUGACCGACAAAUCGUCUUCGCUGCCAGCUUAA